AUUUGGGGACGACGUUGUCGUGACAUUUCCUGUUCGGAGUCCAUUGUGCGUCAACGAGGGAGGGGGCGCACUAACUGCCGACGCGCAGGCAUACUAUUCCCGAAGCGCUCCAGGACCAGGGCCAUCUUUGGUCGUCCUCAUAAAGUGUGGACAACAUCUCUCUCAUUCCGACGUUCUUUGCAAUCUCAUGAUCAAGAAUAAAAAAGUGACAACCAGGCGUCCGAAUCAGCUGCACGGAGAGCGGGACACUCACAGGCAUUUCCCCUCACUCUGGCCCCAGCGGGACCGUUCGCUGCGUUUCUCACGGAAAAAAAAGAGGGCGAGACAACAUGGAUGAAGAAUAUGAUGUGAUCGUUUUGGGCACCGGACUGACAGAAUGCAUCCUGUCUGGGAUCAUGUCUGUGAACGGUAAGAAGGUUCUGCACAUGGACAGGAACCCGUACUAUGGCGGCGAGAGCUCCUCCAUCACCCCCCUGGAGGAGCUUUACAAGCGCUUCAGUCUUCCCAACAGUCCACCAGAGUCCAUGGGCCGAGGACGCGACUGGAACGUGGACCUCAUCCCCAAGUUCCUCAUGGCCAACGGCCAGCUGGUAAAGAUGCUGCUGUACACAGAAGUGACUCGCUACCUGGACUUCAAAGUGGUGGAGGGAAGCUUUGUCUACAAGGGCGGGAAGAUCUACAAGGUGCCGUCUACUGAGACCGAGGCGCUCGCUUCAAAUUUGAUGGGAAUGUUCGAGAAGCGGCGCUUUCGCAAGUUCUUAGUCUUUGUGGCUAACUUUGACGAGAACGACCCCAAGACCUUUGAGGGCGUGGACCCCAAGACCACGACAAUGAGGGACGUUUACAAGAAGUUUGACCUGGGUCAGGAUGUCAUUGACUUUACUGGCCACGCCCUGGCCCUCUACAGGACAGAUGAGUACCUGGAUUUUCCCUGCCUGGAUACGAUCAACCGAAUCAAACUGUACAGCGAGUCACUGGCCCGUUACGGCAGGAGCCCGUACCUCUACCCCUUGUAUGGCCUUGGCGAGCUGCCGCAGGGAUUUGCAAGGUUGAGUGCCAUCUAUGGAGGCACCUACAUGCUCAACAAGCCGGUGGAUGAGAUUGUGAUUGAAGGUGGUCACGUGAUCGGCGUCAAGUCUGAGGGCGAGGUGGCUCGCUGCAAGCAGCUGAUCUGCGACCCCAGCUACAUCCCUGAGCGCGUGCGCAAGGCAGGCCAGGUGAUCCGCGUCAUCUGCAUCCUCAGCCAUCCCAUCAAAAACACCAACGACGCCAACUCCUGCCAAAUCAUCAUCCCGCAGAAUCAGCUCAACCGCAAUUCAGACAUCUACGUCUGCAUGAUCUCGUAUGCCCACAACGUGGCGGCCCAGGGGAAGUACAUCGCUAUCGUUAGCACCACGGUGGAAACCAGCGAGCCGGAGACCGAAAUCCAACCUGCCUUUGAACUGCUGGAGCCCAUUGACCAAAAAUUUGUGGCGAUCAGUGAUCUGUACGAGCCCACAGAUGAUGGUACAGAGAGCCAGAUCUUCGCCUCCAGGUCCUACGACGCCACCACUCACUUUGAGACCACCUGCAACGACAUCAAGGACAUCUACAAGCGCAUGACCGGCAGCGACUUUGAUUUUGAGAACAUGAAGCGCAAACAGAACGACGUGUUUGGGGAGGACGAGCAGUGAGCGGCCCGAAAGGGAGGCGGGUGGCGGUGGAGGCGGCGGCGGCGGCGGCACUGGCAUUUCUGAUGGGGCAAAAUGGGGUCAGUGGCUGCGGGCUGCAAACAUUAGAAUUAAGGAGGCCUGAAAGAAGAAGUGCUGUACGUGUCUUUGACCAUUUGCCUCUUUUUCCCUGCACCCCCACCAACACACACACACAUACACACACAAACAUACACACCCCACGGUCAUCGAAAGCAGGGCUGAUGCGGUCUUUCGUUCCAUUGUAGAAUCUGGAAUCACUUCUGAACCUUUGCCAGUUAUAAUCCAUUUUUCAAGCACUUCAUUCUUUCUCGACCUUCUUUUCUCAUGUCAGAUAACAGUUUAGCAGAGAUUAACAGUAGUGUCAAACUCAUUUUAGUUAAAGGGUCACAUUCACCCCAAUUUGAUCUGAAGUGGGCCAGACCAGAAUAUUUGUCACCUACUAAACUAUGUCCAUCCAUCCAUUUUCUAAACCGCUUAUCCUCUUUCAGGCCGUGGGUGUGCUGGUGCCUAGCUCAACUGAUUUUGGGCAGGAGGCGGGUACACUCGCGAUCGGAGAGCACAAACAGACAACCAUUUGCAGGUGAUUUCGAGUCUUCACCUAACCUCGUGUGCAUGUUUUUGGAAUGCGGGAGGAAACCGACGUGCCCCACGCAGGCACGGGGAAGAGAUGCAAACAUCACACGGGAAGGCCGGAUUUGAACACGCAACCUCAGAACUGUGAGGCACAUGUGCUAACCAGUUGUCUACAGUGCAGCCCCCUAAUAAAUUGUGUCAAAUAAAAAUAUUCACAUUUUUCCAAUUUUCCUUCGUGCAAAUAUUUACAAGUACAUUUGGAAAAUAUUCACAUUUAUUGACUAUUAGCCUAUGAGUGCAAUUUCAACAAUAUUAUGACUGUUUUUAUACAUGUGAAACUUACAGAUCGCAGUGAUCUAGUGGCUCUUAAUGGAUCUUCGUACUGGGUGUCCCUUUUAUAAAACAAAUUUGGCAUCUCUUAGACUUUACAAAUGGGUCAAAUCCUGAGUGGCAGGCAAUUACUGAAUAUAAGUGGUUAUUUUAGUGGUUGUCAGUGUGCCCACCAGUGGCCAAAAUUAGCCACAACAGAAACUUUGACUGAAAUCCCCACGGGGUGGAUUGGUCCCCAGAUGGGCUGUACGUUGGACACUCCUAGUGUAGCGCUUGCGGGAGGCUCACAUGCAUGCAUCGUAGACGCACAAAGUAGUAUUGCCCAUCACCUCAUACGCUCGCAACGUCGCAUCUGUCAGCCCUGCUUUCGCUCGUCUUUCACUCCACAAACGUGUGUAUUCAGUCAACUUUGCCGUGCUGUUGUGUCUCCACGUGCGCUAUUAGGCCAGCUAACCAGUUGCUCUUUUCAGUCACUCCCCUGGCCAAACUUCCAGGAAGUAAAAGGGUGGAAGGGAUCUUUUACCUUGCAGUAGUUCUAACCUUUAAAAGGAUUCCAGAGUUUUACGCUUUUGUGUUAGGUGCACGUUUUCAUUGGCUGAAAUUAGGACGUUUACAGAAGAGGGGUUCAAAUGAUGCUUCAGCGCAAAUUGUAUUGAAAGAGCGCAAAUGAGGGUUUUAAAAACAAAAAUGUGGCAGUUGGAAGUGACAUAGAUUGGUUUGUGGAAAGUUUAGUUUUUGAAUGAAUUUUGGCUGUUAGUGAAAGCGCUCGGUUGUGUCCCAGUCAUUCCAACCUUUGCGGUUGUCAUGGAGAGGAGUCCAUCACCUGCAGGAUAAAUUGAUUCUAAGUGUGAGUUUACCUCCACAAAGAUAAAGCAAAAGAAGCCCAAUGGCAACCCACAACAAACGAAGCACUACAUCGGGAUUUGCUUGAAGCUUUAAUUUGGCGUUUGAUUCAAAUUUUGGGCCGUUACUGUACUUCUUAGCAGUGCUGGCUCACUUACAGAUCCACACUCCCCAUUUCUUUCUUUUGGCAUCUGUUCACGCUACAACCCUGAACACACUUAUUGGGGUAUAUGUUGUACGUGUCUUAAUUAUAUUUAUUAAAAAUGCUAUAAAGUGC